AUGGAUUCUGGACCUCCGCUCACUCCGUCACUUUUCCUGAUGGUGUUUAUGAUUUUUGCCGCAGCAGCAAUCAACCUUGAAGGGGAACUUUUCAAGGAUUUGAUGAAGGGCUACAACAAGAACGUCCGGCCCAUGGCGAGCAGUGGUGACAUCACUCGGGUCGACGUGAAGAUGACGCUCACCAACCUCAUCUCUCUGAAUGAAAAGGAGGAGGCGCUGACAACAAGCGUCUGGCUAGAAAUGCAAUGGUGUGACUCCAGGCUCAGAUGGGACCAGCCGCCCCGGUCGGCUCUGUAUGGGAACAUCAGCUCUGAGCUCCGGGUUCCCUCCAAGAGUCUCUGGCUGCCGGACAUCAUCCUGGAGAACAAUGUGGAUGGACAAUUUGAAGUGGCACUUUACUGCAACACGCUGGUGUCUCCUGACGGUUGUGUGUACUGGCUUCCUCCCGCCAUCUACCGCAGUGCUUGUGCCAUCACUGUCGACUACUUUCCCUUUGACUGGCAGAACUGCACCAUGGUCUUCCGCUCGCAGACUUACAGUGCCAACGAGAUCAAACUGGUUCUCAAAGAGGAGCAUAACCACACAUUGGAAUGGGUGGAUAUUGACCCGGAGGCGUUUACAGAAAAUGGAGAAUGGGCCAUCAAACACAGGCCGGCUAAGAAGGUGAUCAACACUCAGUUCACUAAAGAUGAGCUGGAGUACCAAGAGGUGGUCUUCUUCCUCAUCAUCCAGAGAAAGCCCCUCUUCUACAUCAUCAACAUCAUCGCUCCCUGUGUGCUCUUUUCCUCCCUCGGCCUUCUUGUUUACUUCCUACCUGCCAAAGCGGGCGGUCAGAAGUGCACCAUGUCUAUUGCCACUCUUCUGGGCCAGACUGUGUUCCUCUUCCUCAUCGCUAAGAAGGUUCCAGAGACUUCGAGGGCAGUGCCCCUAAUUGGAAAGUAUUUGAUGUUUGUGAUGUCGGUGACCACCAUGGUGGUGAUGAACUGUGUGAUCGUCCUCAACGUUUCCCUGAGAACCCCAAACACUCACAUAAUGACAGAUAAAGUCCGAAAGAUCUUCCUCAACAUUCUGCCUCGGCUGCUGAGGAUGCAGAUGCGACCCUGGACGCCAAACGGGGACAACACAGACACUAUACAUGGAGAAACUCUGGCUCCAGACAGGGACGGCGUGUUCCUGGUCCCCUGUCGGCGCAAAAGCUCCAUGACCUUCAUCACCCAGGCAGAGGAAUAUGCAAUGAAAACAACUCCGUCUGAACUCAUGUUUGCCAGACUCAAAGAAAGAAAUGGACUCAUGAAAUCAGUAUUCGAGAAGCUGAAAGAUGGGCUGGAGGGGGGUACAGCUGAGCAGCUCAGUGCCAGCCUGGCGAAGGCCUCUCCACAGCUGAAGCAGUGUGUGUCCUCUUGCAAACACAUAGCUGAGACCGCAAGGCAGCAGAACAACUUCCAGAAUGAGAAUGAAGAGUGGUUCCUGGUUGCCAGGGUGAUCGACAGGGCCUGCUUUAUUGUUAUGGUGUCUGUGUUUUUUAUCGGCACUAUUGGGAUCUUCCUCGCGGGCCAUUUUAACCAGCCUCCAUCCUCGCCUUUCCUUGGGGAUCCCAAGAAGUAUCUCCCUCCAAUCGACAAUCUCACUGAUCGAAUGGAGGAUGGGAUGGGAGAAAACGUGUUUGGGUGAAACAGGAGAAAGUCUCUAGAUUUGAUCCCUUUAAUCCAGUGUCCAGUGAUAUUUCACUAAUGACAUGGAGUGAGAAGGAAAAAGAUGUGGGGUCUGUGGUCCAUCACAAAGGUGAAGACAAACAACCGUGUUCUUGGUGAUAAAGGAUCCCCUGCACAGCCGUGUGGAUGCUACACGAGAUAUGUGCUGACACAUGCUGAUAUCAGCUGUCAGUGGCUCUUGAGGUUGAGAAUAUUUUUUGCAUAAAAGGCUGUUUAAUGCAAAAAAAGAGUAGUUCCUUUGCUCUUCCUGUGACUAGCUCAGUGUUUGAUGUAAGUUUACCUUGGCCCCUGCUGUCAACUCUCAUCAAAUCCAAGGUAAUCGUGAUAAACUACAAGAUACAGAAACCAUGUCAGCCAAAUGGGACAAAUAAGUGUUUUUUAUCAAUUAAAGUACAACUGUAAUCGUG